UCUUCCAAUGGACUUCAUGUUCGUAGUUCUGACCUCCCUGCUCAGUUUUGUGCUGGGCUAUCUACGUUAUAAGUAUAGCUACUGGGAACUGAGGGGAGUUCCGCAGCUGAAGACGCCCUUCCUCUUCGGACACUUCCUCCAGCUACAAUCGGUGCACCUCAGCGAGCUCCUUCAGGAGACCUACGAUGCCUUCAAGGGGACCGCCAAGCUCGCAGGGAUCUACGUAUACCUGCGACCCAUGGCCGUCGUCCUGGACCUGGACCUGGUCAAGUCUGUGCUCAUCAAGGACUUUGGACAGUUCGUGGACCGCCGAAGCUUCCACGGCGAUGUGCUGACCGCCAAUCUCUUCAAUCUUCAGGGUGAGGAGUGGCGUGCCCUGCGAACCAAGCUGUCGCCCACAUUUACGAGUGGAAAAAUGAAGUACACAUUCGGAACUGUUACCACGGUGGCCCAGCAGCUGGGGGAGACCUUUGAGGAACUAGUUGGAGCCCAGGAAACCAUCCUAGAGCUGCACGAUCUGAUGGCCCGCUACACCACCGAUGUGAUCGGAAGAUGCGCCUUUGGCACCGAGUGCAACAGCCUAAGGGAUCCUCAGGCGGAGUUCCGGGCGGUCGGACGUCGGCUCUUCAAGAACAGCAAUAAAAGCAUUCGGUGGCGGGUCUUCAAGAUGACGUACCUUAGCUCGCUGGCCCAACUUGGGCUUCCGGUUCGGAUCUUUCACCCGCAGAUCACCGAUUUCUUUGUCCGCAUAGUUGGCGAAACAGUGGAGUUGAGGGAGCGCGAGCAGAUCCGCCGAAACGACUUCAUGGACCUUUUGCUCGAUCUCAAGAAGCAGGAGAAUGGAAAAGGGCUCACCGUAGAACAGCUGGCUGCCCAGGUCUUUGUGUUCUUCGUGGCCGGAUUCGAGACCAGCUCUAGCAACCUGAGCUACGCCCUCUUCGAGCUGGCGAAAAACCAGGCUGUGCAGGAGCAGCUGCGGCAGGAGAUUGGCGAGGUGUUAGCUAGACACGGAGAACUGACCUACGAAGCCAUGCUCGAGAUGCCCUACUUGGACCAGACAAUCACAGAAACCCUGCGCAUGUACCCGGCCCUGGGCUCGCUCACUCGCCUGGCCUCCGAGGACUACGAGAUUCCCUCCAGCGACGCCCAUGGUGAACCCAUAAUCAUAGAGAAGGGCACCACAGUGCACAUCCCGGUGCUGGCCAUCCACUACGAUCCCAAGGUCUAUCCGGAACCCCUUGAGUUUCGACCUGAGCGGUUUUCCCCGGCUGCCUGCCAGCAGCGCCAUCCCACCGCAUUCCUGGGCUUCGGCGACGGCCCGAGGAACUGCAUCGGUCUGCGGUUCGGGCGGAUGCAGGUGAAGGUGGGCUUGAUCACCCUGCUCAGACGUUUCCGCUUCAGCCUGCCCCCCGGAUGCCCCCACAAACUGAAAGUCACCAAGAAGAACAUUAUACUGCUGCCCGGCGAGGGUGUUCGGUUGCAAGUCGCUCGGGUAGAGUCGCGCCUAAUGUAAACACCUUUCGGUGCGGGAAUAAACAGUGCUGCCUGCCGUUUUGUCAGCAGAAUAUUCAAUUAAAUUCACCCGCUCGACGGUCGAUUGAAAGCCAAACCAAAAUUUAUAGCAGCCGCAAAGUGCCAACCCCCUGUUAGCCCGCCCGUCCGCCACCCAAGGCUGCUGCUCAGCUAUCCCAGAAUCCGACACCAUGGGCAUUAAAUCAACACGGGCGACACCCAGGUGGCGGUGGAGGGGUGCGGGAGGGGAGCUGGGCAGCCAUGUGAGCCGACCGAAAGCCAUUGCGGUUCAGUUUGAUGCACUUCUCCGAUGGCCAGCCCCCAAAACACCCCCCGAACACCACCGCCGGUGAGUGUGUGUGAGUUGCCUGCAUAAGUCCAAACAUUUACAAUAUUUUGCUAAUUAGCAAAAUAUGUGUGAAUAAUGCAUUUGGCCUGGGGACGGGGGCUGUGGACUGCUGCAUCCUGCAGGUGUCAUAUUAAAUUUAUGGCCAGAGCUGCCCACACAAUCGAGAGACACUCGUGUAGAUGGAGAAACUGUGACAAGUGGCAGCAGUGGACAGGAGUCUCAACAUUUUGGCCAUUUCGGUGAUUAGUUGUGGGCAAGCAGCAGCUUCACUGCCGGCAUAAUGAGCAGCAUAAAUCAAUAAAUGGAACAUCGGAGAAAAUUGGCACACAGGUUCAAACACGGAGUAAAAGAAAAACUUAAUUCAAGAACUAUACACUUAUAUGUCAGCUGCGUAUUGUGUUAGUCGACAAAAUACUUGUGGGUAAAAAUACUUCUUCUUACCCAUGCCAAGCGAAUUAAAAUAUACUCAUCUGGAAACUAGUUUUUAAAGUAAUACAUUUUUGUUUCACUUUUUUAUCACGGCCUUUUUCACCAGCCAAAAAUGUUUUUAACGAUAAUAUUUCGAUACCCGCAAUAUCUGACUUGACGAUCACUGUCCACAAAUUGAACUGAUCCAAUCGACCGCUUUCAUGGGCACUUUUUGAUGUCUAAGUGCGUACCGGAAAAUGUAAACAGUCUGAAGAGAGUGAAGCCAAGAGAAUAAUAAAGACCUCGAGAGAAAUUUAGAAAGGUGGGCAGAGCUGUCGAUCUAUUUAAGAGUACAUUUCCAAUAAAAAAAACCUAGUCUAAUAUAUAUAAUAAAGUGAUUCUAAUGA